GAGGAGCAUAAAAUCAUGAGGUUGAGUAUCACUCAGUGGAAAUUUAGUUCUACUGUUUAUUUUGAAGACUCUUAGGGGCUAUCAACCAGAAAAAGCCAACUUUUUCCUCCACCAGCAUCACUUCGCGGUAGAGACGCAGAAUCCACUCAAGGCACCAUUUGAAUUGAGAACAUACUUCAUUCAUCACUCCCAAGAUGAGUGAGGAGGAGGUCACUUACUCAACUGUAAGAUUUCAUAAGUCUUCAGGAUUGCAGAAACAAGUGAGGCCUGGGGAGACUAAAGGGCCCAGAGAAGCUGGAUACAGAAAGUGUUCAGUCCCCUGGCAGCUCAUUGUGAGUGCUCUUGGAAUCCUCUGUUUCCUUCUUCUGGUAACUGUUUCAGCGUUGACAAUAAAAAUUUUUCAGUAUGUUCAACAAAAACAUGAACUGCAGAUUACUCUAAAAUGCCAUGAUAACUGCACCACCAUGCUAAGUGACAUCAACUUGAAACAUGAACUACUGAAAAAUAAGGCUAUAAAGCAUCGUCCAGGCAAUGAUCUUCUGGAAUCCCUCAACAGGGAACAGAACAGGUGGUACAAAGAAACCAAGACUGUUUUAGAUUCCUCACAGCACAAAGGCAGAGGUGUUGAAAUAUACUGGUUCUGCUAUGGUAUAAAAUGUUAUUAUUUCAUCAUGGACAGAAAACCAUGGAGUGGAUGUAAACAGGCCUGCCAAAAUUCCAGCUUAUCUCUUCUGAAGAUAGAUGAUGAGUACGAACUGAAGUUCCUUAAGCUCCUGGUUCCUUCAGACAGUUACUGGAUUGGAUUGUCAUAUGAUAAUAAGAAAAAAGAUUGGGCAUGGAUUGACAAUGGCCCAUCUAAACUUGUCUUGAACACAAUGAAAUACAAUGUAAGAGAUGGAGGAUGUAUAUUCUUAUCUAAAACAAGACUAGACAAUAUUAACUGUGAUAAUUCAUACUUCUGUAUUUGUGGGAAGAGACUGGAUAAAUUCCCUGAUUGACUCUCCAAUGAGUGUUAAAGGUAAAAAAAUGAAAAAUUUAAACUCUCAUUUGUUUCCUGUAACAAUUCAUGAUUCCUUACAAACCAGUAUUUUGUCCAUUGGACUUAGCCUGCAGUGCAAAGAGAGAGACAAUCUGGAAGAUUUGGAGAAUAUUCUCAGAAACAUGCCUGGACAGAGCAGAGGACAACUUCUUUCCUUGUGGAGACUGGACAGAUCUUCUCUGGUGCACCAAAGCUUGGGUGAAUCUGUUUUAUUUGUUUGUAUAAACGCCUAUAGAAGUAAAUAAAGAACCUUAAU